AUGAAAUAAUUAGAACAAUUUGCCAAUACUUUUUAUAGUCUCCUCUAAGCUUAACCUCAAAAACUAAGUAAUUUUAGAGUUAAGCUUAAAUUUAUAUUAUCCCAACUUAAAUACUAAUAUUCUGAUAUUUUAGAAGAACAACAGAAGCUAGCUAAAAAAAAUUCAAAUGAUUCUAACAUCCUUCAAAGUCUUAUCUCAAAUUUACAGUAAACUGAUAAAAGUCAUCAUUAAAUUGAGUAAAAUGAACUCAUAUUUUGUAAUAAGCUCUAAGAUGUAUUAAAAAAGUUCAAAAAACCAUAUAUAGAGAAUUUAAAAGAUAUAGCUUAAUAAGUCUUAAUAGCUGACCUUAAUCAACUCUAAGAAAUGUCUAAAAUUAUUCAUUCCAUAUCUCCACUACAUGAGAUACUCUUAUAAUUAAGAAAUUAUAUUAGUUAAGAAAAUACCUAUUAUGAGGAUAAAGCACUAUUAAAAUGCCCCUUAACAACUAUUCAUGCUAUUAAUAAAGAAAUAGCUACUUCAUUGAUUAAAGGAGAUCAGAAUUUAAUAUCAAUUCUAGAAAACUAAGGGUAUUAAAUCAAAAGAUUAAAAAAUAAUGAAGAAAUCUUUUACUAUUAAAGAUAUCUAGUAUCAUAUGUACUAAGAUCAUUGAUCUUCCAACUAUAACUUCCUCCUGGAUUUGUAAUGAGAGUAUCGACUUAUGAAUAAAAAAACAAGGAGUUGAAAAAAUAAUAUUCAUAUUUCUUCAUUACCGAAAAAGUCGCCUAAUCAGAUUUAGUAAUUAAUAAGAUUGAGUUUGCAAAACAUUAUUUAUCUUUAUAAUGUACUGAUCAUCUAGACAGCCUUAUUCCAUAAUACUAUGGAAAUCUAUAAGCCUCUUUCUAGAAAGAUAUACCUCAAUAAUAAACUAUGUAUGAGUAAUUUAAAAAUCCACUCUUGUAUUAUAAAAAAAAUAUUUUUGAAGUAACAUAUAGUCCAUAGGAAUUUGAAGAUUUUAAACCAUAAAAUAUAUAUGAAAACUUUUUGAAUUUCUUAUCAUUUCUAUCAGACUCUUAAUUGAAUGAUUUUCAUUAUAAGUAAGAAGAAAAGAAUCAAAUAAUUAGAUACAAAUCACUUUAAAUAACUUAGGAUAUGUUAUAAUUGACAUACUAAAGAAUUAAAAAAUUAGAAGAUACAUUAAUAACAGUUCAAGAAGUAAUAUUUCCUUAGUAAUUGUGUGUUAGAUUAAUUUAAAUAACUGAAAAAUUGAAUUAAAUUUUCUUUUAAUUUUAAAGAUUAGAUACAAGUAGAUUUUAAACAUUAAAUGAAUAUUAAGAAUAUUUGAGUAAAAUAAAUUUAGAAGAAUUAAUUCAUAAAAUAAUUGAUUAAAAAAAUAUAACCAAAUAUAAUAAUUAAAUAAGGUAAAUUAAAUAAGAUCUAAAUCAAUUAGAAUAGUAGCAUGAAAAAACAUAAGGGAAAUAAAAUUAAAAUCCUAAUUUGUUAUCUUAAUAUUAUUUGUAAGGACCAAAAUAUAUUAUUAUAAAUUGUUGUUAAAAAAUAGAUAUCCAAUAUGAAAUUAGUUUAACCAAUAGGAUUAAACUUUUAGAUUUUUUGGCAAAUUUAAAUUUCUAUUUAGAUACUUAAUUUGUUAGUUAAUAAGAGUAUAUUUAUGAUUCAAUUAUCAAAGGAUUUAAUGAUUCUUGGUUUGAAUUAGAUUUAUGGAAAUAGGCAUUUAAAGCAAAUUAUUCAAUCUAAUCAUAAUGCUAAUUUAAUAAUACUCUUUUUGUUGAAUUAUUGGCUAUAUUAUUUUUUAAAGAAAAUUAUACAAAAUUAAAUUUGAAUAUAUUUGAAUCAUUAGAAUAAGUAUAGGAAAAUGAAAAAAAUUCUCAUAUUUUAAUUUCAUAUUUAAUGAAUAAAUCAUUUAAAGGAGAUUUAGGAUUUGGAAAACAUAUUACAUUAGUGGAGAGUGCUUUGAAACAUAAAAAAUUUUAUUUAUUAUUAAAAUUAUUGGAAAACAAUUAAGGAUAAAAGAUUCGAUUUGAAUAUUUUAAUUAUCUUUUAGAUGAAACCUAAAAUUUAUUUUCUUAAUCUGCAUAUUUUUCAAAUUUAUCAGAAAAUGAUACAAAAUAUCAUGAAUAAAUAUUUGAUUAGAUAGCUAAGGUUCAUCCAUAAUUAGAAGGAAGAUUGAGAUGGGAUCAUUUUUGGAAUCAAAUAGUUAAAAAUUUUGGAGAACAUACUUUAAAAAUAUUAGGUCGUGGAUUUUGGAGUUUAAAGGAUGAAUAAUAUAAAUAAAUAUUUAUUAACAAACAAUUAGGAAAUUAAGGAGAAAUUCCAAGUUAUUUAGAAUUGAGUUUAAUUGCAUAGAUUAAUAAGAAUAAUAAUAAGAAUUACUCAGUUCUUAAAGUUAAUGAUCCAUUCAUUAAUUAAUUAUUAUUUAUUCAACCUAAUUUUCCUUUAUAAAAGUUUAUGGCCUCUUAAUUAUAUCAAUUAUUAUAAUUAGAUUAAUUUAGUUCAAGAGUUGAAUUAAUUUAAAGUGAAUAAUAAAUCUAUUCAGUUUAUUAAGUAAUUAAUCAAUUCAAUAACAAUUAAAGAUCAAAAGUAACAAUAGCUCAAUUUUUAUAACAUAAUGAAUAUAAUGAAUAAAGAUUAAGAAAUAAAAUAGGUAAUUAUAAUUUAGCUAAUAAAAUUGUACUUUGUAUAUUAUUAUUAUCAACAAAUACAUCUCCAGAUGAAGAAUUACUAGUUCCAUGUGGUAAUUACUUAUCACCAGUUUCUACAAAUUUCUAUUUCAAUCCUCAAUAUGAUAAUUUUAUUAAUUCCCAUGGAUUUGAAAGAGAUGGUGAGAAUGUUAAAUUAUGUUGUAAUAAUAUCUAUUUCUUAAUGUAAUUUAUGAAAGAAAAAAUAGAUUAUUAACUUUUACAAAACUUUUAGAAUAUUACAUUAACUAUUCAAUAAUGGCUAAAAUAAUUAAGUUAGAUUGAGGCUACUGCAUCAUAAUCAGAGGGAUUAUUAUUAUUACCAUUAUAUAAAGAAAAUAUGAUUGAAUUAGUUAGGAGAGCUACAAUAAUUUAAAAUUUAAUUACAAAACCUAACUUUCACAUUACAUAUUUAGAUUUAUUAAAAUUAUGUGAUAAGAAUUUAGGAGAAUUUUAUUAAAUUUUAAUAGAAAAUCAUACUCUUAAUUUAAUAAAUAAAUUUGUUGAAUUAACACAUCUUUCUACUAAUUCUGAUAGUCUAAUAUUAUCUGAUUUCAUAACUUUUAGAGAGAGUUUUGCUUAUAUGAAAUAUCCAUCUGGAUUUAAUGUUAAAAAUAUGAUUGGUCCAUAUAAAGGAUUAAAAAUGUUUCUUAAAUAUUCAAGAUUACUAUCAACUACCACUUUAUAGAAUUUCCACAAAAAACUUGCUGUUAUUAAAAAAUAAUAACAUUUUUAAAUGUUAAUGAAAAGUUUUGAAUGGAGAAAUUUUAAAGAAAAUGAAAUUUAAUAAGCAUUUUCUUAAUUAUCAGAAUAUUCAAAAGAUUUUAAUAAACCUUUUGAAUUAGUAAAUUUUAAGGAUUUAUAAUCUAAAUAAUUUCCAUAAUUAUUUUAAUCAUUGCAAUUAAUUAGAAUUAAAAUUCUAAAUUUAUCUUAUGUUGAUGCUGUAAAUGAUAAUUUUCUAUUUGACAUAGCAUAACAUUGUACUGAAUUACAUGUUUUAAAUUUAAGUGGAUGUUAGAAUGUACAUUAUAUAGGUUAAACUUCAAAUAUCUUAAAUAUUGGGAAUUAGAAACCACUCCAAUUCUAAAGAUUAAAAACAUUAAUUGCUUAGAAUUUACCAAAUGUUAAAGCUAUUGAGAUUAGUGGAUAAUUUUUAUAAAAUUUAAAUGUAAAUUAUUGCAAGAAUCUUUAAACAGUAUAUACAAAUAAAAUAAAAUUAACAAGAGUUUAAGCUAAAGGUUGUGGAUAAUUACAAUUAGAAAUAAUAUAACUUUGGAUAAUUUAAGGAGUGAGAAUUCUAUUUGAUGAACAUACAUCUUAAGGUUCUUUGAAAGGUUUUGUAUAGCCAUAAAUUAUAAUAGAUGUAGAUAAGGAAUUUAAUUAUGAUAAAAUAUAUUUAGAAAUUAUAUUUUAAUUGUUGAGUGACUUGUAUGAUAAAAUAUUACAUUAGGAUUAAUAUAUCAAAUCUCCAUUUCCAUAAUUUUUUUUGAAAAAUGGUUUUAUAAGUGAUGAUUUUGAAUUUUAAUUUAGAGGAUUUUUAUAAAAUAAAUUUGAUGAAUAAAAUAAAAAAAAAAUAUUAUAAUGUUUAUUCAUUUGUUUGUUUUAGAAUGAAUAAAUUAAAUAACUUGAUUUAAAAUCUAUGUUAAAAAAUAGAGGUUAAGAAAGGAUAAAAAUGUUAGAUUAAUUCUUAAAUGAUUUUGUUUAAGCAGUUCAUUUAACAAUAGAAGAAUAGGAUUAGAAAAUUUAAUAAACUGCUUAGUAAUUCUUUUUAAAUGUUGAAUCACUUACAAUUCCAUGUUCAAAAGAAGAAAUUAUAGAAAAAAUAGCAUAAUUAAUUAGAUAAAUUUAAAAUUAUAGAACAACUUUGAAUAUAAGUUUUACUAAUUUGAAAGUAAUAGGAAAUGAUAUAAUUGGUAAAUUCUUUUAAAAAAUCUAAAGAAAUGAUAAACCAAUACAUAUAUAAUAAAUUGAUUUUUCAGGGAAUAGUUUAGAAAGAGAGAAUUUAAAGAACAUAUUUUAAGUUAAUAAUAUUAUAUAAGUUAAUAUUUAAUAAUUAAUAUUAAGAAAUGCAGGUAUUGAUGAUAAUAUUCUAUUGGAAAUAGCAGAAUAUUUUUGGGAAUGUGAGAAUUUAAAAUUAAUAGAUUUGAGUUAAAAUUAAUUGACUAAGAAAAGUUUAAAUAAAUUAUUUGAAGAUGGAAGAAACUUAGCCAAAAUUCCUCUUAAUAAUAUAAAUCUUAGUGGAAAUAAGAUAGGAGAUGCAAAUUUUCAUAUUCUAGCUGAAAUUGAAGAGAAAUAAUGGUAGAAUAAAGAAUAGAAUAUGUUAUAUCUAAAGAGUACAAUCUUAAAGAAUUGUUUUGAUGAGACUUAAGAUAUUUAAUAUUUUUGUGAUUUUGUUGCUUAAAGUUAUAUGUUAUAAAUUUUAGAUUUAAGAAAAAAUAGUUUUAAUGAAUAAGGAAUGGAAUUACUUUCAAAAUCAAUUGGAAAAAGUAAAUCUUUAACUACAUUGUACUUUUAAAAUAAUGCAAAAUCUAGUAAAGCUAUAUUAGUUUAAGAAAUAAUGAAAAAUACUCAUCUUAAUAGUUUAGAGAUUAUUUUAUCACAUGAAGAACAUUAUAAUGAAGAAUUUUUAAAGAUUUUUAAUUAUUCUUCUUUAAAAACAUUAGAUUUAACAUUACCAACUAUAACUGAAGAAUAGAUGAAAUAAUUAGUUGAACUACUUAAAUCUAAUAUUUCUUUAGUUAAAUUUAGACUUAAUAUUAAUAAUAAUGAUAUUAAAUAAAGAACUUUUUACAAACUUGGACUAUCAAAAAUAAAAAACAUUAUGGAAAUUAAAGAAUAAUGUAAUUAAGAUAUAUAUUUUAAUGAUCCAUUUUAUAGAUAAGAUACAUUGAGAAUAGAUGUAUAAGAUUAUUGUUAAAUGGGUUUAUCAAUUGAUGGAGGAGGUAUAAGAGGUUUGAUGCCAGCAACCAUAAUAAAUUAUAUAUGUAAUGAAAUUAAAAAAGAACCUUAUUAAAUUUUUGAUUGUGUUGGUGGAACUUCUAUUGGAGGUAUAUUGGCUUUGGCAAUGACAGGUACUUAAGAUGGAGUUCAUCCAUUAGCAGACAAAGAUUAACUUGUUAAAUUCUUUACUGAAGAUGGCAAGAUCAUAUUUGAUCAAUAGAAAAGAGGUGUUUGGAGUUUAAUUAAUAAAUCGAAAUAUGAUGCUAAAGGUAUUGAAUCAGUAUUGUAAAGGUAUUUAAUAUAAAUCAUUAGAAUUUUAGAUAUGCAGGAACUGCAAAAUUGAGUGAGACUCUUCCUCAUACAAAUGUAAUUGUAACUGCUGUAAAACUAUAAAAACAUAAAGGAGACAAUAUGGCUAAAGUUUUUAGUUCAAGAAAAGCUAAAUUAGAUUUGACAGAAAACUUUCUUAUAAAAGAUGUUGGUAGAGCCACAUCUGCAGCUCCUACAUAUUUUCCAGCUGCUUAAAUUAAAUCUUUAGCUGGUAAAGAAUAUUAAUUUAUUGAUGGGGGUGUUGGUAAGAAUAAUCCUGCAAAUUUGGUAUUAGAUGAUUUAAGAAAAGGUAUGCUUAAUAAGGAUAAAGAUAAUUUCUUUGUUCUCAGUAUAUCAACUGGAGUAAGUGUUUUAUAUUUAUAAUCUAGGUAUCAAAAUAAAAGUAACAUCUAUAAAUUGAUGAAGGUAUAAUGGGAGUAGUAAGAAUUUUAGAUGCAUUUGGAGAAAGUAAUUAAGAUUUUGUGGAUUUAGAAUUGAAAAAAAAUUAAGGAAAAUAUCUACGUAUUGUUCCAGAAUACAAUUUACCAGGUAAGAUUGCAAAAUAAUUAUGAUAGAAAGUUAAGCUUAAUUAGAUUGUACUGAUAUCAAAAUAUUGGAAGAAUAUUAAUCUGCUGCAACAACAGCUGCCUCUCAAUUUUUGGAAUAAGAAAAAUUUGGAUAAUACCAAGAUAAAACAUUUAUAAAAUGGUUAGAAGAAAAUACAGCAAGAAGAUUAGAAUCAUUAUGA